AUGAAUUCCAAGACCAUCGGUUCUAAUGACUUCAUGUCCUAACAAAUUGACGACAUUUUCGAAGAUGCUUUUGUGAUUUCCAAUGCCGAGGUAGUAUUCCUAAUGAAAAAGCAGAGACAGGAAAAGGAGAAACUUGCUUCGAUGGGAAACAUACAGAAUGUCAAUUAGAUUGGAGAGGAAAUGCAGAAAAAGACUGACCUUUAUGUAAAUAAGUUCAAUGUCUUUGAGUAAGAAGAUAAGAUCAAGACUAUCAGACGUGAGAUGGACAAGAUUAAGGAGAUAAGCGAUAGAGAACUAGUGCUAAUGUGGAAUUUAACACCAGACACAUAUGAUGAAGCAGUAACUUUGAUUCCAUCCUUGUAGGAUAAACCAGAGGAUGUGGUACAGAGCUUCAUUGAUUUACUCAACAAGUCAAAGGUUUGA